AUGAUGAAUGCUACGGCCAACCUGCACGAGGACUAUCGCAAUCAAGUCGAGUCCGAAGUGGAAGCUAUUGCUAGAAAGGGUCGAGAGAUUGCCGAAACCGCAUCACGAACUGUGGGUGGAUCUCUUCCGCAAGCUGUUUGUGAAUCUGUUCCACAAGCUGUGAGUGAAUCCGCUCCGCAAGCAGCGGGCGCAUCGAUAUCGCAUGCUGUGGAAGAUAUUAACACAUCCACAUCGCAAUCUGGUGAUACUGUCACUGACCGACUGAUGAAUAUCGUCUCUGACACGAAUGAUGUCCAUACCCCAAGAAACUCCAUGGUCGAGAUCUAUGCAUGGUCGUCGGUUUGUGCGUUCGCAGCGAUGGUCGGAAUGUUCCUGGGCCACUCAGCGCUGGCUCCAUUUGUUGAAUCGGUUGUGGAAGAAAACACUGCAAUGAUAACGGCAUGCAUCGUCUUACCCUCUAUUGCGAUAUUUGUUAUUCAACAGUAUGACGAGGAUGUUCGCUACCACAACCCCUUGAAAGAUGGCGACGUUCGUUUUGUUUCGCUUUCAUUCUCCUUCGUACAAGGUAUAUUCGUUGGUCGUGCCAUUCGUAGCGUAUACUUAAGUGCGCAGCCUCCGUUAUUCAUCACACCGGCUGCAAUAACGACAAUGUUUGCCUAUGGGUAA